AUGACAUUUCGGGAUAAGAUCGCAAACUGUCAAUAUUUACCGUGUCGUGCUAGGGUUGUGGGAUCGGUGCUCUUACAAGAUGAUGCGAAGGCGUCGUCGUCAUCGGUAGCGCUCGAUAUGGAUCACUUGGAGCAGCAUCGAAUGCAGCAGCAGAUAUCCCUAAUUGACGAACAAGAUGCGUACGUGCAGGCACGUUCAAGCACAAUGGAACAUAUCGAAAGUAGUAUUUCGGAACUGGGUCAAAUAUUUAGUCAGGUUCGUUUAGAAAGAAGAGCAUUUUCCAGUUGGAAGUUGUUCGCGAGUGUGAAAAAUUAG